ACUCUUAUUUUGAAAAAAAAACAAAAAACGAACAGCCACCCGGAAACGCGCGCCAUACCUGUUCGUGUAUCAUUUAUUGACGUCCCCGCUCUGGACUGUGGAACCGGACAGGACUGCUCUGCACUCAUGUCAAGUUUUGCCAAAGUCAUGUCCAAGUUCCGUCUGGCCGUGGUGCAGCAGCAGGUGACCGGCGUCAAGGCGGACAACCUGAGCAGAGCCCGGCGGCUGGUGAAGGAGGCUGCGGGACAGGGAGGCCAGCUGGUGCUGCUGCCGGAAUGCUUCAACUCUCCAUAUGGAACCAACUUCUUCUCUGAGUAUGCCGAGAGGAUCCCAGGAGAGUCCACCCAGGUGCUGUCAGAGGUCGCCAAGGAGAACAAGGUGUAUCUAGUGGGAGGAUCGAUCCCUGAAGAGGACGGUGGGAAGUUGUAUAACAGCUGUGCUGUGUUUGGGCCUGAUGGAGAGCUGAUUCUUAAACACAGAAAGAUUCACCUCUUCGACAUCGACGUUCCCGGAAAGAUUCGCUUCCAGGAGUCUGAGACACUGAGUCCAGGCAACAGUUUGUCCAUGUUCGAAACACCAUUCUGUAAAGUGGGAGUGGGGAUCUGCUACGAUAUGAGGUUCGCAGAACUUGCGCAGCUCUACAGCAGAAAAGGCUGUCAGCUGCUGGUCUACCCUGGAGCCUUCAACAUGACGACUGGUCCGGCGCACUGGGAGCUCCUGCAGAGGGGGAGGGCGGUUGAUAACCAAGUGUUCGUGGCCACAGCGUCGCCUGCCAGAGAUGAGACCUCUUCGUAUGUCGCCUGGGGUCACAGCACUGUCGUGAACCCGUGGGGAGAAGUGAUCUCCAAGGCCGGAGCAGAGGAGGCCGUGAUUUACGCCGAUAUCGACCUGCAGCAUUUGGCCGACAUCCGGCAGCAGAUCCCGAUCACGGCCCAGCGUCGCAGCGACCUCUACGCAGUGACGUCUGUGCAGGAGGGGUCGAGCUGAACCUUGGGAAAUCAGAAAUGCGGAGCUACCGACAGCAAACUGUGAAUCAGAUCUCUGCUGCAACCCAUCGUCUUCUCUCCCCUGAUACAUGAAACAUAGCUGGGAAUGAGUCACUGAUUUCAUAUGAUUUCAGCUCACUAGUGCUGCAAACAUUUCAAAGAUGGAACUUUUUUGUAAUAUCAACUGAAACAAGUAGGCCAUCGACAGUUUGCAGCUUUUCUAGUGUGAAAAUAUUCCUUCGUUUAAUCUGCUUCAGAUUAUUUCUAAUUCAGUGCUUAGUCUGGGAAAAAAAUAUGGAUUAGUCAAUGGUAAUCGUGGUAUGUAGCAGCCAUUUUAAUGGCAAUAUCAAUAGUGAAACUAUUCUUCCUGGAAUAAAAUCCAUCCUCUAUCUUUCA